AAGAUUACAUUUCAAAGUACAAUAUAGCAACUUAAGACUUGUAUUUACUUACUUAUUAUUUUAAAAAUUGUAUUUAAUCCUGGUAACCAGUUUUAUUUCAAAAUAAAAUUAACCUCAUAAUAAUUACUGAUUAGCCUAUAACAUCUACAAUGUCUGCAGAAGAUGUGCUUUUCGAUAUGUUACACGCAGAAAUAGUUUCGUACAUGGUAUCAAAGGAAUCGGAGACCGAGGACGAAGAUUUAUCAGUGUUGGAACAUCUUGGUUACUCUUGCGGUUGGCGCUUAAUUGAACGAAUAACCAAAGAGCUAUCAAGGUACAAAGAAGAACUAGAAAUAUUAAAAUUUAUAUGCACAGAUUUUUGGUCUUGUGUGUACAAAAAACAAGUCGACAAUUUGAGAACUAAUCAUCAAGGAGUGUAUGUGUUGCAAGACAAUGAGUUCAGAUUUUUCAGCAAGCUUUCCAACGGAACACAAUAUCUUAAGGCUGCACCCAAGUAUGCUACGUUUACUUGUGGUCUAAUAAGAGGAGCAUUGGAAAACUUUGGAAUUGCAAGUAUAGUCACAGUUGAAAUCAAUACAAUGCCGUCUUGUAAGUUUCAUAUAAAUGUCCAACAGUCGUCUUGAUUUUUAUGUUAUUAUUUAAACAACGUCUGUUUCAAAACGUGUUUUUGUAAAUAAUUUUAUUUUUACUCAAACUACUGUGUAUCUCAAUUCAAUAAUGCAGUCAUAUUGCGCAAACAUUUAUUUGUAUAAAUAUAUACUUUUUAAACAUCAA